CCGUCGUCGACUUCGACCCAGACGCCUCCAGCGGCUCCCGGCGCAUAUCCAGCGCCGCCCGGCACCGCCCAGCCAGCGUCGUAUCAACCCCCGCCCCCAGGCGUCGCGGGCUUUGCUCCCGGCUCUGCCCUGCCCGCUCCUGCGUCCAGCGGCAACGUCGACCUGAGCGCUCUUCGGCCCGUCAACUCGGGGACGAUGAACUUCGAAGAGGUGAUUUCCAAGGCGAGGGCCUUUGCGACCGAGAAGGGCAUCACGCCCUACGACCGCCCGCUUGUCUACGGAUCCGAAUCCAGAGGCUCUGACAGGUCUUUCCGUCGAUCCAGGUCACGUUCUCCUCCUCGAGGCGGCGGCGACUACCAUACUGCCGGCUCAUACCGGGACGAUCGUCGUGGAGGCCAGGGUCGAGAGUAUGGCCGCGACCGUUCCUACUCUCCCCCGUCACGUGGCCGCACCUUUUCGCCUCGCGGAGGCGGUGGCCGCGAGAGAUCUCCCCUCAGAGGCGGAGACGACAACGCUGAGACGAUCCAGAUCGAGUCCAGCCUUGUUGGCCUCAUCAUCGGCCGACAGGGUGAGAAUCUGCGACGGAUCGAAGCCGACACCAACUGCCGUGUCCAGUUUCUGGCCGCCACCGAUGGCGGUCCCUUUCGCCAGUGCAAGAUCACCGGCCCACGGGCUCGUCGUGCUGAAGUCAAGACGGCGAUUAACCGAAUCAUUGAGGACAGCGGCAUGGGCGCUCUCAACCGCGCCCAGGAAAAGCCACGCGACCCUGCCCGAGGUGGAGCAGCGGCGUUGAGAGAUGGUGAGGACCAUAUGCAAAUCAUGGUCCCAGAUCGCACUGUCGGCCUCAUCAUCGGACGUGGAGGCGAGACUAUUCGAGAUCUUCAGGAGCGUUCGGGCUGCCAUAUCAACAUCGUGGGCGAAUCGAAGAGCGUCAACGGCCUGCGACCUGUCAACCUCAUUGGCAGCCGGGAGGCGGCCGCUCGAGCCAAGGACUUCAUCAUGGAGAUUGUUGACAGUGAUAGCCGAGGUGACGGCCCGGCUUCUGGUACCAAGAAACCCUCGGGGCCUCCUCGCAACGAUGGACCGUCGAGGGAUUACGGUGGUGGUGGUGGUGGUGGUGGUCCCGACAAGAUCAACGAUGCGAUUUACGUGCCGUCAGAUGCAGUUGGCAUGAUUAUCGGCAAAGGAGGCGAGACCAUCAGGGAGAUGCAGAACUCGACCGGUUGCAAGAUCAAUGUGGCGCAGUCAUCGGGCCCCGGCGAAGUUCAGCGCGAGAUUGCGCUCAUCGGAUCCCGCGAUAGCAUCGCUCGCGCCAAGCAGGCCAUUGACGAGAAAGUAGAAGCAGUGAAGAGCGGCGGCGGUGGUGGCCCAGGUGGCGGCCGUGGCCGUGGACCGCAUGAUGAUCGACCGAGCUACUCUCACCAGGGCCCGGAUGCGACUACUAACCAGCCUCCGCAGGCUUCUACAGGCGAUGGCCAAGAUCCAUACGCGCAGUAUGGUGGUUAUCAAAACUACGUGGCUCUCUGGUAUCAGUCCUUGAUGUACCAGCAGCAG